UGGAAUGACAUAUGACAUCACUACUCUCAACAAUCAAAAUAUUGGGCACACAGCGUUAUUUUGGAAAUGAAUAAACAUUUGUUUGAUUGACCCUUAUUUCGUUGUGUUGUUCGAGUUUUUGAGAAUAGUCUACGUUACUCAUCACGUAGAUAUUUAAUUCUGUGAUAUCUUUUUGAAAAUACUAGGAUUAGUAGGAUCUUAAAAUAGCUCAACUUAAAACUAAUUAUCCUCAAAAUAAUAUAUUUUAAUGUAUAAACCUCAUUGAUUUAAACUAAAUAUCAUUAUGGCUGACGAAUAUGCUGCAGUUAAACGUGGAAAACUAAUACUUAAAGGAGAUAAGCCGAAGGCAAAGAAACGCAAACACAAGAGGAAAGAAAACUCAGAAGAUUCAAAAGUAGACGAGGACUCCAUGAAGCAUGGUGGUUGGUGGAAGGUUGAUAAAAUUGAAGACAUAACUGGCUCCAUAUCUAUAGAGUUCGGCAAUAAUUCUUAUGUGUCAGCUUUGGACAACGGGCUUUUUACCCUCGGAGCUCCACAUGGAGAUGGUGAAGGUCCUUCUCCAGAAGAGAUAUUCACUGCGUUUCCAGCUGGAGAGAACAAGUUUGCUUUGAAAUCUGGCUAUGGGAAGUAUUUGGGAGUAGCCAAAGAUUCGGUUGUUGGAAGGUCUGAUGCUGUUGGAGCUAUGGAACAGUGGGAGCCUGUGUGGCAGGAAGGUAAAACAGCAAUCCUGAGUUCCCUAAACAAGUUUAUGUCAGUGGACCCUGAAGAUGAUGCAGUGGUGGCUCGCACUACUUCGGCUGGUGCCAACGAGUUUUGUACCAUCCGCAGCAAUAAGACCAAGGAGGUCAACAAGUCCAUACUGCCUGAUGAAGAACAGGCUGAUUUAUCACAAGUUGAAGUUAAUUAUGUCAAGAAGUUCCAAAAAUUCCAAGACAAGAAACUGAGGUUGAAUGACGGGAGCAUCUCAGAGCUGAAGAAAGCAAAGACAGAAGGCAACCUGCAUGAAACAUUGCUAGAUCGUAGGAGUAAGAUGAAAGCUGACAGAUAUUGUAAAUAGAAAUAGAACAUAGUUUUAUAAUGAAAA